AUGUCUGGUCGCGGCAAGGGCGGGAAGGGCCUGGGCAAGGGGGGCGCCAAGCGCCACCGCAAGGUGCUGCGCGACAACAUCCAGGGCAUCACCAAGCCCGCCAUCCGGCGGCUGGCCCGGCGCGGCGGCGUCAAGCGCAUCUCCGGCCUCAUCUACGAGGAGACCCGCGGGGUGCUCAAGGUGUUCCUGGAGAACGUGAUCCGCGACGCCGUCACCUACACGGAGCACGCCAAGCGCAAGACGGUCACGGCCAUGGACGUGGUCUACGCGCUCAAGCGCCAGGGCCGCAAAGCUCCGACUGAGCUCUACCAGUAAAGCUCAAGCGAGGUAAUGGCUCGCACAAAGCAGACGGCGCGCAAGUCGACCGGCGGCAAGGCCCCGCGCAAGCAGCUGGCCACCAAGGCGGCCCGCAAGAGCGCGCCGGCCACGGGCGGCGUGAAGAAGCCGCACCGCUACCGGCCCGGCACGGUGGCCCUGCGCGAGAUCCGGCGCUACCAGAAGUCCACCGAGCUGCUGAUCCGCAAGCUGCCGUUCCAGCGGCUGGUGCGCGAGAUCGCGCAGGACUUCAAGACCGACCUGCGCUUCCAGAGCUCGGCCGUCAUGGCGCUGCAGGAGGCGUGCGAGGCCUACCUGGUGGGGCUCUUCGAGGACACCAACCUCUGCGCCUUGCUACUUACCAUGUCUGGUCGCGGUAAAGGCGGGAAGGGCCUGGGCAAGGGAGGCGCCAAGCGCCACCGCAAGGUGCUGCGCGACAACAUCCAGGGCAUCACCAAGCCCGCCAUCCGGCGGCUGGCCCGACGCGGCGGCGUCAAGCGCAUCUCCGGCCUCAUCUACGAGGAGACCCGCGGGGUGCUCAAGGUGUUCCUGGAGAACGUGAUCCGCGACGCCGUCACCUACACGGAGCACGCCAAGCGCAAGACGGUCACGGCCAUGGACGUGGUCUACGCGCUCAAGCGCCAGGGCCGCACCCUCUACGGCUUCGGGGGCUGA